CGGGCGGUUGGCGUUGCGCAGAAGGCGGCGGUUGCGGAGGCUUGUGGUGCGGCCUCACCACAGAGGAACAGGGCAGACGUUAGUGUGAGUGAUCAUUCUCGAUCUUGGGAACCCCAGUGGCCUUAGCCCUUCAGGUGGAAAGAGUGCGACAUGGGAAAGAAAACCAAGAGGACAGCUGAUAGUUCUUCUUCAGAGGAUGAGGAGGAGUAUGUCGUGGAAAAGGUGUUAGACAGGCGUGUGGUAAAAGGGCAAGUGGAAUAUCUACUGAAGUGGAAAGGGUUUUCUGAGGAGCACAAUACUUGGGAACCUGAAAAAAACUUGGAUUGUCCUGAGCUAAUUUCUGAGUUUAUGAAAAAGUAUAAGAAGAUGAAAGAGGGUGAAAAUAACAAACCUAGGGAGAAGUCAGAAAGUAACAAGAGGAAAUCCAAUUUCUCAAACAGUGCUGAUGAUAUCAAAUCCAAAAAAAAGAGAGAGAGCAAUGAUAUCGCUCGGGGCUUUGAGAGAGGACUGGAACCAGAAAAGAUCAUUGGGGCAACAGAUUCCUGUGGCGAUUUAAUGUUCCUAAUGAAAUGGAAAGACACAGAUGAAGCAGACCUGGUUCUUGCAAAAGAAGCUAAUGUGAAAUGUCCACAAAUUGUGAUAGCAUUUUAUGAAGAGAGACUGACGUGGCAUGCAUAUCCUGAAGAUGCAGAAAACAAAGAAAAAGAAACUGCAAAGAGCUAAAGGAGGGGGUGGUUUCUGUCAUUUCUCUUUGUACAUAAUACAUUCACCUCCUUGCCUCCUCUCCCUUUUGCCCACCCCCUUCUAUCCUAAACACAUCCAUAAAAAAUGUGCUUAUCACUGUGCUCCACAGGAGAAAUGUUGGUAUUGGUUCUCUUGUAACAUAACUGAUGGUCUGAUUCAUGAUAAGUGUAUCUCUGUGAAGACCAGGCAUUUACAUACUGUGUAUAAUUCCCACAGUUUUUUCCUUUGCCCUGAUCUUUUCCUUCUGCUCCCUUGUGACCUCAAGAUGAAUUUUAACUUUUUAAUCACCUUAGAGUCUUGAUCUUUUCAGGGUUGGUUGAUUUUUAGACUGGGGGAUUUUAUUACAAUGAUGAUGAAUUUUGGUUCCUUGCUUUGGUUAUUAGGACAUGUUGAUGACCAGCUGGCCUUUGUUCUGAUGUGUUGGGAUGGAAAGGAUGUUACUUGUCUUUUAAGAAGCCUAUAGCAACUGCUUACAUUUAGGGGCUUUCCCAAUCUUGUUUAGCUCUACCCAAGAGAAGACAGGGUCUCUGGUAUGAUCGUCUGAGCCACCCUCUGCUGUUUAUCCUUAUUCAUCCUCCCAGAAUAACUCAGUCCUUAAGAGGGCUUGAAACUACAUUGAAAUUUGUCAUAGCACUCCUUUUAGCCCCAGGACUUUUGGCCUUGUUCUUAGCAUUCCCCAAGUGUGCUUCUGUAAGGUGGUGUCAAUUUGUCAUUAAAUGACAAGGUAAUUAUCUGUGGAGAGUCUUAAGCUAUAUAUUGCAGGAGGGUGAUGGGGUAGGGGCAGGAUACAGUUGUUUUUAUUAUCACAUAGGGUAUGUUUGUAUUCUUUCCUUCCAUCCUCAUAUUUAGACUAUGUAUUUAUGUAGGCGUGAGUGAUUGCCUGGUGCUUGCUUGUGCCAAGGUGCUAGGCACCCUCCAACCCUGCCAACUUUUGUGGUCUCCCAAAGCAUUCCUGUUAACCAAAGAGGCUUCAGACCUGACUCUCACUUCUCAGUGGACCCAAGUUUCCCUUCCACGCCAUUAUUUUCAGUGGGGAAUUCUGGGAGAGGAGCCAUUGGCUUCAAUGUUAAUUUUAAAUAGUCAGCUUUCUUGACUCCUGGAUUUGCCACCAAGAGUCCCCAGAGUAUUAAUGCUCUUCCUUUUUUCCACCCUCAAACUUUUUUCAUGUUUUUCAAAACACAUUUCCAUGGAAGACUACCACCUCAGAAAGUGAUGAUCCUGGUGUGCUGACACAACCUUUUUUCUCUAUUCAGCAAAAUGUUUCUCUUUUGGUUUCCUCUUGUCUUGCUACUACAUUAAGAGUUUUUUCUGAUCAUAUCCUUUUGCUUUUGUCUCCUAAGAAGUGCUGCCCUACUUCUUUGUAUCCUUUUCUUCUUGUAGUUGAGGGGGCUAGAGAAUUAGGACUAAAAGUAAGGAAACAGCAGGGUUUUGAGCAUCCUUGUCCCAGCCCCAAAGCUGAGGAAAUAAGAAUAGAUCCUUGAAAUAGCCUUAUUUCUAGGGUUUAUCAGCCACUGAGGUUUUCUUUGUGUGUGUGUGUGUGUGUGUGUGUGUGUGUGUGUUACUUUUGAUUUUUAAAACAUAUAGCUGUCUGGCCAAGGGCAUCCAACCAUUUCUAGAUUAUUCAUAGUAAUGAGGGGAAUGGAUGGAUUGCUCCAGUACACAGAUGAGCCAAAUAAUAUGCAAAUCAUAGACCCAUUCAUAGCAUUUGUUAACAUUGCUUCCCUGCUCAGCUGCUGAUUGAAUUCUGUGUGCUUGUAUAAAUUAUGUCAAAAAUUAUACUGCACAGUUGAGAAGACAGCUGUUGCUGCAGUGACAUGGCAGACAGAAUAAUGAAGCUUUUGGUUUAACUCAGCCAGGAAAAUCUUUCUGAAUGGUAAUGUGGUUGGGUAAGCACUCAUAACCUAUAACCCUACAUGGGUGGGAGUUUUACCUUCAUAUUCCAUUGUUCUCUGAAGGAAUUAAAGGCUAGAUCAAGUUCUGGAUAAUUGACAACUUUUUGUAUUUAAUCUGAUGAGCAUCAAAAAGAAGGAAAGGAUAGAAAGCAGAUUUAUCAUAUAAGUAACCAAGGAUAUCAGUUAGGGUAGACAAGUAUAGGAGAAAAGUAGAUCAGAGCUUCUGAGGAUGUGAUCAGAGUUUCUUGAUAUGCAACUAGAGAAAAUGACACCCUAUCCAAGUAGUCAGUGUAUGCCUUUUUGUAGUACUGGCCAUGUAGACUGCAUAUUUUAAAAGCAAAAACUUAGCAUGAGGGCAAAAAAAAUCAAAACAGCAGUAUUUGGUAUCUGAGAGACCUGGGAUACAUGAUUGCUGUGAUACAGGUAAUGUUUAAGACACUCAUAAAAAAAUGUGAUUUUCUUUCACUAAAAUAACCCUAAUAUCAUGUACUACUCAUCACCUCUCUUAAUACUCUUCAUUACAUUUUUUUCUGUUCUCAGUUUAUAGAAUCAUGUUUUUCUUUUUUGUUUCGUUUUUUGAGACAGGGUCUUCCUGUGUAUCACUGCCUAGGCUGGCCUGAACUUCCCAUCCUCCUGCCUCCUCAGACUCCUGAAUGCAGGUGGUGGUUCUCUACCGAGUACCACCAGUAACCACCCUGCAGACCAUUUUCUUUAUAUUCCUCAUAUAUAUAUAUAUAUAUAUAUUCUCUUUGCUACCUGCAACUGGUUCAGAAAGAAAGAGAGCAGAGCAGCAAUACUAAUUUCAGCCCUCAGCAUAAAGGAAACCAGAUGUCUGCUUAUGCCUCCAGCGUUUGUUACUGCUGAGUAGCUGUCCUUUCCUUUAGAGAGUUGCACACCCAAACAGAAAACUCUUUCAUGGAGCAUUCUUCCCUCUGCAGACUUAGUAGCCAUGGACAAAACACUCUGAAACUCUUCAGUUUCAGGUGCUUAAAGUAUAAUUUUCCUGUGUUUAAUCUUCUUUCAAAACAUCUUUCCAAUGCCGAAUUUCUUCAAUUAAAUGAUAUCCCUUUCUACCAAGUUUAGCAGAGCUUUCUAUAGUAGAGUUUACCAGGGACAGCUUAUCAGGCUUUUCAGUCCUGGGGCAUUUAUGGUAUAAUCAGUUGCUAGGAAAGUCAGCCAGGAUAGAAGUGCUUAUUUUAAGCCUGGGGACCUUUUGGACUCAUGAUGCUCGAGCACUGAAAAGUCUAGAUGGUCCUUGGCUGUCCUCAGCCAAAUCUACAUAUUAUUUUUUGUUGUUGGUGAAGAGUUGAUCCUGUUCCAAUAGUUUGGGCUGUCAUUAUUCUUAACUCUUUGUUCCUGUUCUGUUGCCACCCUGCAGGACAUUGUCCUUUGUUCAGGCCAAAUCAUGAGGCAUUAGAAGGGUUGUAGAGAUUUUUGUCAAGAUUUUAUUGGAUAUGUGGGUUAGCCCAGCUAAGGCACAAAUGAUAGAUCUGUUUUCGGGCUAAGGAGUGAUUGUCUCUACUGUUAGGAUUCAGCUUUAAGGGCCUAAAAUACUACUUUGCCCUGAGAUGAGAACCACAUUAGAUUUGAAGAGAGAAAUCUUUUUAUUUUUUUGCAGUACUGACCCUGAGAUAUAGGACCUACCACUUGAGCCAGCCCUGAAGUGAGGAAUCUUUCACAAAUCAGGUUAAAGGAAAAGCUCAUUGUUGAUUCAUGACCCCAUCCCUUUUAAAAAUAGUCUUGAGGUCUGUGCUUUUAUAAUCAGACCACCAGGCAUGCCUAUGGCAAGGCAGAGAGAAGAAAGGUCUAGAGCCAGUAUAUUGCAGUGUUAUGUUGUCUUCUGCCACUAACAAAAUGAUGUUUUCAAAAUUAGAGAUGUUGUCAGCUUUACCUGCAAAAGCAGGUGCCCCUUUUAGCCAAUUUUGCAUUGAGCCAUCCAAAUUCCACCUCCAUUAUCAUAUAUCAGUAUUGGUUUCAUUCAACACACUCAUUUUUUUUUUUUUUGGCUUUGUAUACAAAGUUAAAAAAGU